AGAUCCAAAUUGUUUGACAAUUAAAAGCAAUCCCAAUCACCUUAACACGAGUUAUUUGCAUACCACUAACAUAUUCAACCAAUAAAGAAUUAAUUAAUUGAUUCGAGUGAAAAACUAAUUGAUAAUGUCUUUUAAAUACUAAAUUAACUGCGAUGCAUCAAAUUGGGUGGUUAACAAGCAGAUACGAUUAGUCACAAUCUCGCCAAACAAGAAAUAAUCAAAUCGGAUAAUCAACUAGUUUUUUUAAAAAAAAUCUCAGUAUUUUUGUUUGUAAUCAAUUCGGAUCCUCGUAGUGGUUUUUCAAGCAAUUUAUAAAAUGGUGAAAUCAAAAUCAAUUAUUUAUCUUCAAACCAAUCAGACUAAAUUGUUGAAAAGUUUAUUAUGUUUCCUAUCCUAUGCUGGGAUGGGAAGUGUAUUCACCUUAUUAGGAUCAUGUUUACUUGAUUAUCAAAUUUUAGUCGGUGAAAAGUUCACCAUAGUUGCUUAUCUGGUCCAAGAACGAGCCAUUGGUUAUGUGUUUGGCUCAUUAUUGGCUGGAACUGUGAUCAAUUAUUUCAAUAAAAUUUUCACGUUAAGUUUGACCAAUUUGGUUAUCGGAAUAUCGAUCAUCAUCUCGCCCUGGUUAUCAAGUUUUAUCCUUUUAUCGUUUGCUACGGUGAUUGGGGGAAUUGCUCUUGGAUUUCUGGAGAUUUAUUGUAAUGUUUAUAUUGCUCAUUUAUGGGGAGGCCAAAGUACUAAUUACCUUCAAGCGCUUCAUAUGUUUUUUGAUUUGGGUGCUUUAACUGCUCCGUUAAUUAGUGGACCCUUUUUAUUACCAAUGGAUCCUGAGGAUUACAAUAAUGCUCAAGAACAAUCAAAAUUGACCAAUACAACCACAGAAUAUACCAAAGACGAUCUACUCAUUCAAUAUCCUCAUCUUAUUUUUGGCAUUUUUCUCAUCAUCAUCUCAAUUGUAUUUGCUAUUCUUUGGUUUUCCGAAACUGAUCAGCAAUUAGAUGAUCAUCAAGAGCAAUCAACUGAAACAAAAGAUGAAUUAGAUUCAUGGAAACGAUACCUUGCAAUUGGAUUAACAGCAUUGAUCAUUAAUUUUGAAUUCGGUGGACAAAAUCUCGUCAGUUCCCUUGGCCCUGCGUUUGCAGUUAAAUCAGACCUACACAUGAAUAAACAAGAUGCCGCGAUGUUGGUCACAGUCUACUGGUCAGUUUGUACCAUUUAUCGACUUUUCUUAAUCCCAAUGGCGAUUUACUGGAACGAGAAAAAGUUAAUCAUGUUCAAUGUGUUAAUCAUGAUCACCGGAGCUUCGGUGAUGGUCUCGGGCGCCGACAGCAAUUUAACUCUUGCUUGGAUUUCGUUCUCGUUGUUGUCUAUGGGAUUCGCUCCUUGUUUCGCUUUCUCAUUCGGAUUAGUUCAGAAAUAUUUCUCGAUCUCUAGUAGAUUAGCUUCAUUAAUCUUCCUUGCAGGAACUUUGGGUGAAUCGAUUCAUCCCUGGAUCGUUGCUAAUUACCUGGAAUCAUCCUCAUCAUUUUACACAAUUUAUUUCGCAUCAAUUGCUUAUAUCAACUCGAUACUUUGUACAGUCCUUGUGAUAUUAAUCGUUAGCACUUUUAAAAGAUCCCAAAACUAUGAACCAAUUUGAUUAUUUCCAAACAAUUAGCUAACUAAUAAAUUUUAAUUUUCUCCAA